AUGGUUCAAUUCAUAAACGAAAAUCAAAAUUUUUGGAUUGCUGAAAAGCAUGAGAGAUUCUCAACUUACAGCGAGUUCUCCAAAAAAAGUUUAAUGGGAGUCAAGAAUAUUCAUUUGCCCAUUGAAGCCAAGCAAAAGCUAAGUGUCACAAGAUAUUUGAACCUUUCUAUUCCUGAUGAGUUUGAUGCACGCACAUGGUGGCCACAGUGUGAAUCAAUUCAAAACAUUCGUGAUCAGAGUAGUUGUGGUUCUUGUUGGGCUUUCGGAGCAGCUGAAGCUAUCACUGAUCGAGUUUGUAUUGCCUCGAACGGGUUGAUUAAGCCCAAGUUAGCUGCUGAUGAUUUAUUAGCUUGUUGCUCAGAGUGUGGAGAAGGAUGUAAUGGUGGAUAUCCAAAUAAAGCAUGGGAUUAUUGGGUGGAGACUGGGCUCGUUUCUGGCGGUGAUUACGGAGAUAAUAGCACAUGCCUUCCAUACCCAUUUCCUUCAUGUGGUCAUAUACAGAAGAAUGACACACAUUAUGAUACUUGUAAGCAUGGACUUUUCAAAACGCCAAAAUGCACAAAGAAAUGUGCAUCAUCAUAUCAUAAAGAUUAUCAUAAAGAUAAGCAUUAUGGCUUGUCGUCAUAUGGCGUUGCCAACAAUGUCGAAGCCAUCCAGAAAGAGCUUAUGACAUAUGGACCAGUUGAAGUUGCAUUCGAAGUUUACACUGAUUUCAUGAAUUACAAAUCUGGCGUUUAUAAGCAUGUGACUGGAGAAUUAGCAGGUGGACAUGCGGUCAAACUUAUUGGAUGGGGUGAGCAGAAUGAUGUUCCCUAUUGGCUCGUUGCCAAUUCUUGGAGCACUGACUGGGGAGAGAAAGGUUUCUUCAAAAUUUUAAGAGGAAAUGAUGAAUGUGGUAUCGAGGGCGGAGUCGUGGCUGGAAUUCCAAAAGUCAACUGA